CGGUUCUGACGGCCAAAACAAAACAAAGAGAGAGAGAGGGAGAGAGAAAGAGAGAGAGAGGAGAGAGAUAGAGAGAUGGAUAGGUAGGUGGGUAGCAGGCAGAGACUAGAAGAGGUUUUCUCCCCAGCUCACAGCGAAAACCAAACCCUCAAAAUCACAUUUUGCUCUCUUUCUCGAUAAUUUCAUCGAACACCUCCUUCAAAGUUCAAACUCCAUUCCAAUUCUGCGAAUGCUCUAGAGCCUUCUCUCACGUUCCGUCUCUGAAAGAAGAAGCCAAGGAAGACAAUGGAGUCCACUGAGUCCUCCUACGUGUCGUCACCGGAGGCCCCGCGGAGGCGCUCAUCCCCGCAGCCCAAAUCACCAGCUUCAGAUACUAUGGAGAAGCCCACAUAUGUUAGGUUUCUGGUAUCAAAUGCUGCAGCUGGUUCUGUAAUUGGAAAGGGUGGUGCAACAAUCACUGAUUUUCAAUCACAAUCUGGAGCACGAAUUCAGUUGUCACGCAAUCAUGAAUUUUUCCCCGGAACAACCGAUAGGAUUAUUAUGGUUUCUGGAUCAAUUAAUGAAAUACUGAAGGCUGUGGACCUUGUUCUUGCUAAGUUACUGAGUGAGCUUUAUUCUGAAGAAACUGAUGAUGUUGAACCAAGAACAAAGCUGAGAUUAGUUGUUCCAAAUAGUUCUUGUGGUGGCAUAAUUGGGAAGGGAGGGUCUACUAUAAAGUCAUUUAUUGAAGGGUCACAAGCUGGAAUUAAAAUAUCCCCUCAAGACAAUAAUUAUUUUGGGUUGAAUGACCGGCUGGUGACAGUAACAGGAAAUCUGGAUGAACAGAUGCGGGCAGUUGAUUUAAUUGUUUCUAAGCUAUCUGAAGACCCCCAUUACACUCAGUCUAUGAAUGCCCCAUUUUCUUAUCCAGGUGUUUUCUUCUCGGGUUUUCAUGGUAUUCCAUAUACAUAUGUGCUUCCUUCUGUUGCCACAGCAGCGUACAAUGCAAUGAGCUAUGGACCACCAAAUGGGACCGGAGGAAAGUUUCAGAAUAACAAGGAGGAUCGAAGUAACUCGGUCACUAUUGGCGUUGCAGAUAGUCAUAUCGGGUUGGUUGUUGGCCGUGGUGGAAGGACCAUAAUGGAGAUCAGUCAGGCAAGUGGGGCCAGGAUAAAGAUAUCUGAUAGGGGUGACUUCAUGUCUGGAACUACUGAUAGGAAGGUGACAAUAACUGGGUCACAGAGGGCGAUCCGUGCUGCUGAGUCUAUGAUACUGCAGAAGGUGUCCUAUGCUUCCGAAAGGGCGAUGGAAUAGCUUUCCAACUAUCUCAACUCAUUCUCUUCGAGAAUCUCUUGGUGGACCUGUCUGAAUUUUUCUUAAACAUUUUCUGAUAUUUAAGUGCGUCCACUUAUGUUCUCAUGGGAUGAUAAUUUGGUUGAGAAAAAUCUGAAAGCUGUAGUAGGAAGCAAGAACGGGAAACAAACUUCUUUUUGUCAGAAGAGCAACUUAUAGGGGGCCUAUCUGAGACGACCUAUAAUAUUUCAGAAAGGAAAAUGUUGGAGAAAGUCAUUAUUUAUUGACCAAAUAGAAUGAUUAGCAAUUAUUUCUUAAUUUUAUACAAUUGUAACUUCUGAAUUUGUAGGUGUUGUCUGAAUAUACCUUUGUUAGAUAUUGUCGUUCAAAUCAUCAAGUUCUUAUAAUGAAACAUUUUUUCCCUGUUGGCUAUUGAA